AUGUCGAACGUCCGCCACAUUCUUGGAGCUGUUGUCAUCCAUGAAUCCAAUCUGGCCAGUCUGAAAGGGACGACCCUUGAUAUAUCUGCGAAAGCAACCCCCUGCAGGUACCGCCUCGUUGAUUGUGCACAAUUCACCCAACAUCAGACCCUGCGCAUUUAUGAGCUCCCCGAAUUCCCUCAAAUACACUAUUCCGCGGUCUCGUACGUCUGGCGGGGAUUGCCUGUAGACCCGGUUGAUGCGGCUGGGAGAGAGGGGGUUACAUUCGAGGUGAAGGGUGCUGGUGAUGCUGACCCGACAAACAUUGAUGUCCUCCAUCACGUCUGUACUGCCGCCCUUCUGCUUCAGGCAGAUUACUUGUGGUUCGACAAAUUGUGCCUUCUCCAAACCAGCGAUGAGGACAAAGCUUGGCAGAUCAGCAGGAUGCACCUCAUUUAUCAGUCUGCCCAUGUCUGCUUCGUCCUUCCUGGAGGGAUUGGUCGCUUAGCAAGCCUGGAGGAGGAGACGACUUGGAUCCAUCGCGCUUGGACGCUGCAGGAAGUAAUGCUCCCUAAACGUACUAUGGUCUUGUAUUCCUGGAAACUGGGAUCAGGAUUUUGGGAACCAUCUGGACUGCCCCCCUGUGAAGUAAUUGAAGUUGUCCCCCAGAAGUCGGCCGUAUCCUCAGUGCUCGGCAUUUUGCAUGGUUCCAUCAGCGGGCUCAAUCCAGGACAUUUUGUGAGAGGGCAGGCUCCCGGCGAGAACUACCCCAUCAUUUUCCGCAAUGUCGACCCCUGCGCACCAGCGGUGAAGCGGUCCGCGCAAUCGCAGCUCAUCGCGCUCAUCGCGGUGAUGGAGCUCGAAGAACCCGAGGCGCGUGCGCAGGCGCUCUGGCGGAGUGCGCUGACGCGCACCUCCGCACGCCCCGUCGACAUGGUGUUCAGCAUCAUGGGUCUGUUUGGCGUCGUGCUCGAUACAAGUGGGUUUCACCAGGACGAUCGGCUCGGCGCGACAAUCGCCCUCGCGCAGGCGAUCCUACGCCGGGGUAGCACGGCGAGCUGGCUCGGAGUGUCCUUCUAUCUUGCGCCGUGCAGGCAGCUGUCUUCGUUUCCCGAGUUCCCGGAGACGAGCUUGGAGGGGCGAGCGUACGUGAGGACAGAGAAUGGCCUUGCUGAAGUUGGGGAUUUGAUGAAUGAGUUCUAUGAGGCCGGAUGGUGGCUAUCCGGUGUGCCAACUGGUACGAUGGACGAUACAGGCUAUCUGUUUUUCUCUGCGAAGGCGUUCCCCAUUUACCCUACGGACGAGCAACAGGAGGCGUUCGAGGGUGGUGUCGACAAUAUGUCUGUCACACCACGGAUCGUUGCGCUAGGUGGCGCAAUCUGGGAGCUCGGCCUCCGAGAGCAGUCGGGCGCUGCGCGGUACAUCGUACUCCUGGGGAUGCAACAUCCGUUCUCUUUGCAAGGAAUGCCUCGGUGGCACGCUGGAUGGUCGAUACGAGCUAUGAUUGUAGAAGAACACGCCCCAGGGCGAUACCACCGUACAUCUUGUUGUAUGCUUGGCGACAUCUACAAGCCGCUCGUGGAGACUUGGGCCACUCGUUUGUUUGCGCUUGGCGGGCCUUUUCCAAGGCAUGGAUCCUAG